CUUGGGGUUUCAUACCGAUCAAUAACUUUUUAAUACAAUCGGUAUUUUGUGAUGUCAACGUCAACGUCAAGAGUACGAGGAAAAAUUUUAAUAAAAUAUCUAAAUUUGACACUAUCACGCACUUGUUGUAACAAUUAAUUACAAUAAAUUUAUUUGUUCUUUCAAGCUGGCAUCAAAGAGGAUUUUACUCGUGGGUUUCCACAAUUUUUCACCUACUCUAUCAUAUCGGGCCAGUUUCAAUAGUUACAUUUACUGUCAACGUCGCAGUCAUUCAGGAAUGACUUCCCCACAAUUUUCACCACGGCAUGCUCCGCCACGUGUCGAUCACGCCGGGCCUGGCGGGACAGUCACCGCUGGCGGUGUCACCAAACGCUACGAUGACAUUAUCAAGUCACAGGAGGAUAAAAGAAAUUACAGGGGUCUGGUGUUGUCAAAUCGGCUCAAGGUAUUACUUGUGAGUGAUCCUACGACAGAUAAAUCGGCAGCUGCGCUCGAUGUGAAUGUUGGGUACCUGAGUGAUCCCGAGGAACUGCCUGGCUUGGCACACUUCUGUGAACAUAUGUUAUUUUUGGGCACUGAGAAAUAUCCAGAGGAGAAUGAGUACAACAAGUUCCUGUCAGAGCAUGGCGGGUCUUCGAAUGCCUCCACUUCCUCUGACCACACUACAUUCUAUUUCGAUGUGUUACCUGCACAUCUGGCGAAGUCUCUCGACAUUUUCGCGCAGUUCUUCAUAAGUCCGCUGUUCACGGAGUCGGCGACGGGGCGCGAGCUGAGCGCCGUCAACUCGGAGCACGAGAAGAACGCGUCGUCGGACACCUGGCGGCUCGACCAGCUGUACAAGAGCACCGCCGAGCCCACGCACCCUUUCCACAAGUUCGGCACCGGAAAUAAGGAGACCUUAGAGACAAUACCUAAAGCAAAGGGCAUAGACGUAAGGAAAGAGCUGCUUAGCUUCCAUAACAAAUGGUACUCUGCCAACAUCAUGACCCUGGUUGUAAUGGGGAAAGAAUCUUUAGACGAGUUGGAGGCGAUGGUGGUGCCGCUGUUCUCGGCGGUGGAGGACCGGUCGGUGACGGCGCCGUGGUGGGCGGAGCACCCCGUGCCGCCGGCGCUGCGCCGCAAGCGGUUCUACUGCUUGCCCGUCAAGGACCUCCGCUCUCUCUCCAUAGACUUCCCCAUACCGGACACACGGAAACACUACAAGAGUGGGCCAGGCCACUACCUGUCGCAUCUGCUCGGACAUGAGGGCCCCGGCAGUCUGCUGUCGGCUCUGAAAGCCAGGGGCUGGUGUAACAGCUUGGUUGGCGGCACGCAGAUCGGGGCGCGCGGUUUUGGGUUCUUCGGUGUGCAGGUGGACUUGACGGAAGACGGCUUGAAGCAUAUUGACGAUAUCAUUUCAUUAGUUUUCCAGUACAUCUCGAUGGUGCGCGCGGAGGGCCCGCAGCGCUGGGUGUGGGAGGAGCAGCGCGACCUCAUGGCGCUGGAGUUCCGCUUCAAGGACACGCAGGAGCCGCGCACGCUCGUCGCCGGACACGUGCAUCUGCUGCAGGAGUUCCCAAUGGAGGAUGUGCUGAGCGCGUACCACCUGGUGACGGAGUGGCGACCCGACCUCAUCGAGGAGUUGCUCGCGAUGCUCACGCCGGAGAACGUACGCGUCGGCGUCGUCGCCAAAUGUUUCGAAGAGAAAUGCACGCAGACGGAAGCUUGGUACGGGACUAAGUACCUCCAAGAAGACAUUGAUGAAGCUAAGCUUAAGGAGUGGAAGUCGGUGGAGCCCAUUCCAGAGCUGCACUUGCCGCCGCCCAACGAGUUCAUCCCGGCGCGGCUCGACCUGGAGACCAGCGAGGAUCCUACGGCAGAUGCCAUCGCACCCGCUAUCAUCAAGGACACGCCGUUAAUGAGGUUGUGGUACAAGAGAGACAACGAAUUCCAUCUCCCGAAGGCGGUUAUGACUUUCGAUCUUGUCAGUCCCCUGGCGUACGCGGACCCGCUGAGCUGCAGCCUGACGUCGGUGUGGGUGAUGCUGCUGCGGGACGCGCUGCAGCAGUGCGGGUACGCCGCCGAGCUCGCCGGCCUGCGCUGGACCAUCAGCAGCGCCAGGCACGGACUCAGCGUGACCAUCGAAGGGUACGACGACAAACAGCACGUGCUGCUAGAGAAGAUUCUCGACGAGAUGGUGGACUUCACGGCGAAUCCGCAGCGGUUCGCGAUCAUGAAGGAAAAUCACAUCAGGGCAAUCAAGAACUUUGAGGCGGAACAACCUUACCAGCACGCAGUGUUCCAACAAGCUCUCUGUCUGUCCGAUGUCGUAUGGACGCGAAGCCAACUUCUUGACGCGGCUACAGGUAUGUCGGUGGAUCAGCUGGACGACUUCGCGCAACGUUACAUGAAGAAAGUCCACGUGGAGAGUUUGAUGUUCGGCAACCUCACUCGCGAGAGAGCUACACAGAUCGCGGACACUUUUGAGAGCAAAUUACCAAAAGAUGCCACACCGCUCCUCGCUCAACAAUUACUAUUGUACCGUGAAGUCGAGAUGGAAAAAGGCGCGUGGUACCUGCGCGAGACGCAGAACAAGGUGCACAAGUCGUCGUGCGCAUGCGUGUACGUGUCGUGCGGCGCGCGCGCCUCGCGCCGUAACGCCGCGCUCGAGCUGCUCGCGCAGACGCUCGCCGAGCCCUGCUUCAGCGUGCUCAGGACCAAGGAACAAUUAGGAUAUAUAGUGUUCAGUGGAGUUCGAAGGUCCAACGGUGACCAAGGACUGCGCAUCAUAGUCCAGAGUGAUCGGCAUCCCGCUUACCUUGAAGAAAGAAUAGAAGCCUUCAUCGAAAAUGCUUUGGACUAUUUGGAGAAGAUGAGCGAGGAGGAGUUCCUGAAGCACCGCGCGGCGCUCGCGGCGCACAAGCUCGAGCGCCCCAAGCGCAUGGGCAGCAAGGCCUCGCAGCUCUGGGCCGAGAUCACCGUGCAGGUGUACAACUUCGACCGACCUCGCGUAGAAGUAGAACAGCUGAAUACAAUCGAUAAAGCGGAACUCAUCGAGUUUUACAAGAAAUACAUAAGUCCAGAGUCUCCGGAGAGACGGAAGCUGUCGGUGCACGUGAUCUCCGUCGCCGAGGGCGGCGCGGGCAGGGACGACGGCGACCGACAAGCCGACCCACACACCUGCGACACCAAACCACAGCCCGUUAAGAUCACAGACCUGGUAGAGUUCAAGGCCAGGAGGCGGCUGUACCCUCAGCCGGCGCCAUUCAUCAAUAUUCCCAGAAAGGGAGCUCACUGCAAGUUGUGACUGUAAACUAGCGGUUGUCUGAUCGGCCUAUCGAAACUCAAGAUUCUGAUAUAAACACGUGGACAGGGUCAUUUUGACAUUGCGUUACUAAAUGAAACCACCUACUCGUCUUGAUCUUUGCUGACAUUGUGGCAAAAAUCAUCCAUUAAUAACUAAUAUUUCCACCAAAAAUCCUGGUUUUAGUUUUCUGAUUUUUUGAUCAUUUUAUAGUUUACUGCGAAUAUGGCGUAUGCGUUUUUCUGAUUGAACAUAUGAUAUUGCGGCUGCGACGAUUUCUCUCAGAGUAGUAGUACUGACAUUAGGGCGUGUAAAAUUUUUAUUGUAAAACUUUAUUAUAUAUUUAUUUUGUUCGAAACUUACACUUUUUUAUUUUACAUCUACGGCUCAAGUAACUUAUUAUACAAUAUUAUUUCCAGGCAGAUAAGUAUGUGGUUUCAUUUAGUAACGUAAUGACAAAAGGACCCUGUAUAAGUGUCCAAAUGUUUUGGAGCCGACAAUGAGCAACUGGUUAAUAUCAUCUCUUAGGUCAUUUAUAUACUAUUGUGUUGUAUAUUAGGUAACUAAAUUGAUGUAUAUAUAUGUACGGACGGACUUAUAAUUAGCGGCGCGGAGUAGGCCUUCGCCCAGUAUUAUUCUAUCAUGAAAAACGUGACGGAAGUGUUGACAACAUCAGAUGAAUCCAUACUAUUUUUUUAGAGUGCGUUGAGCCAUCGCGUCGAUGCCUGUAGUAUGGGCGCCGCCGAAAUUAGUUUUAGGGAGGUGCAUCUGCGCGUACGCACUAUACUACAUAAUAUCAUUAAGUGCUUUUUUCAAAUUCAAAUCGCGCGGGUUUUUUAACAUGCUUUAACAUAAAAAACCUCUGUGGUCGAUAGCUUCCACUGUUGCAGAAUUACUCAGUGACAAAGUUUUUGUGAUUUAUUACUGGACAGGAAGUCGUAAGUGCACCUACUUGCACUCUCUUCCCGGCGCCCAUGCCUAUAGUAAAAUAUGAGCCAUCCACGAUAGACUGGCCAAACGAGUCGUGUCACAGAAAUAUGACGGCAAAUUCAAGAACAUUUACGUGUUUAUAAUCCUGUGAAGAUUAGAGAUGAGUUUACCUUACAGUUAUAUUUUUAUUUAAAAAAUGAAUAUAAUUUCAACGCUCUUAAAAACAUUUAUUUCAUGUUUACUUGGGGUUAUGAGGAAUAUUUUUUUGAAUUUGCCGCCAUACUUUCUGUGUCACGACUCGCAGGCCAGACUUGUAAUCUUUAGACGCUGGGUAGCGGGCAAUCGUAUUUUCGAAAACUCUUGUGACUAAUAGAUCAAGCGUAACUUACUGAUUAAUAUUAUUUUGUCAGUUACAACAAUAACUAUGAGAUGUUAAUACUCCGAUAGGCGAUUGAAUAUAAUCUUAAUAGCUCCUAGCACAAAACAGUGUUGUGGUAAAUCAGGUAGACUUUGGGUUUUCAGAAUGGCAUUACAUUUAAUAUACCAAUAAUUUGCCUUGAUCGUAUUACAUUUAUAAAUUAUUGGAAUUCAUCUUACAUCUUAGCAUCGAGGCUUAUACCGUCUUACAUCUCUUUCUGAAGGAAUUACAUUUUACACUGUUUAUCGCUUAGUUGUUUAGCAUUACAUGAGUAGUGAGUGAUGCAUUUAAUAAAAAUGGUGUUUCUAUGGAAAAUAACGCAGAGAUUUUGGCAGGGCCAAUAGUAAUGCAGUACCCUCAGGUAGUACACAAUUUGAAGAGUAGAUAAUAUCGGACAUUAGACGUCAAUGAUAGUAGUAAUAAGUCAAUUCAAAUUAGUUUGACAAUCCCGGCACUAGAGGCCGCUAGUCUUACGUUUCCGUCCACCAACCCACUUUGGGACCCCGUGGUGGAUCACAGCUUUUAUUAUCCUUUUUUUACACUCAAAUGUUAAUUGUUGGUGUUGCCAUGCAAAUAUAUAUUUAUAUUUUAAUGUGUUUUUAAUUAAUAAUUUAAGAAUAAUAGUUGAAUAAAUUCAUGGAGAUCAA